AUGGACUUCAUCAUUGGGAUUUUACCGGAUGAGAAGAAUCCCACGGGCGUCUUGGUUUUUGCGGAUCGAUUUAGCAAGAUGAUGCACUUUGCUCCAGUCUCCGCGCACAUUACAGCGGAUGCAACCGCGGAGGUCUUUAUUGAUCGCAUAUUCAGACACCAGGGCUUGCUAGAAUACAUCGUCUCCGACCGUGACCCGCGCUUUACUUCGGCUUUUCGGACAGGGCUAUUUUUAUUACUGGGCACGCGUUUGCUUAUGUCUUCGGCGGCCCAUUCAGAAACGGAUGGGUAA